GUUUAAGUUAUCUUAUCCAAGUUCAACACCUAUCGGACCACGCUAUUUUUCUGGAAUUUUCUCCGCGCGGCUAGACGGCCACACUGCCGACCACGCUGCCGCAUAAUAUUGCAUAGCAUCAAAAUUGAGCUCCCGCGUCGCUGUCCGCUGUUGUGAAAGGAACGGAACGGUAGAAAGGCCAGGAAACAGGACUUAGGACAGGAUCAGGCAGGUGAAACCCGGAAUUCCACGAAAACGCCGCACAUUGCAAUCAUGCCGAACGACACGGUGGUUAAAGUGCAGGAGUACAAGGACUCGCUGAUCCUCAAGGCCGAGCUGCUGAUCACCAAGCGCUUCCCCGAGAAGAUCGUCCAGCUGAACGAACUCCUGGCCACUUCGAUGUUCAAUGAGCGCAACUUCGACGAGGUUCACCAGGACCUCAACAUCCCGGCCCUGCCGCCUGUCCUGGUUAAGAACCACGAGGACGGGCAGUCCGAGGACGGCGACCAUCCGCCCACCAAGCGCCCGCGCAAGGACGUGAUCGUUGCGGGGCAGCCUGUGCUGGCACUGCCCGCCGGCACGGUGCCCUGCAACAAGCCGCUCUGCGAGAUGAUCAAGGUGGUCAAGCCAAUUAUCAGGAAGCUGGUGGAGGAUUCUAAUCUCCUCAAGAUGUGGAUCUCCUUCAUGAUACCCAAGAUCGAGGACGGCAACAACUUUGGCGUGUCCAUCCAAGAGGACACGCUGGCCGAGAUCCAGACGGUGGAGUCCGAGGCGGCCGCCUUCUUCGACCAGAUAUCGCGCUACUUCCUGUCGCGGGCCAAAGUUGUUUCCAAGGUGGCCAAGUAUCCGCACAUCGAUGACUAUAGGCGCGCCGUUGUCGAGCUGGACGAGAAGGAGUACCUCAGCCUGUGGCUCGUCGUCUGCGAGGUACGCAACCGCUACUCCUCGCUGCAUGACAUAGUUAUUAAGAACCUCGAAAAGCUGAAGAAGCCCCGCUCCUCGAACACCGAGAGCCUCUACUAGGUAUUUCCCCCCCUCCCAGCUCAAGACCCUAACGUUUUUUUUUUCCAUCUUACUUUAUCCUGUACAACAAAGAAAACACUACAAACACAACUAAGAAACAAACAGCCCGUAGAGCGGACAGUACGCGGUUCUAGUGGCUGGCUAGUUGCGAAGCUCAGCCCCUCAUUUUUGGAAACAGAAAUUGGCUUGGCUCUCAGCCAUGUGAACAGAACCAUUAAGAACCAUUAAGCAAUAGCUGUAGCUUAUCAACCGACUUUCUUGAUCCAUUUGUACCACGUCUAGAGUAUAAUGUCUAGAGUGUAAUGUAUAGAUUCCACUAAUAGCUAUAGCUAUGCAUAUGAAUAAAUAAAUCUAACGUUGCCCCGUCGUCGUCGGCUGAGGGCAAGAAAAAACAAAAAAAAAACAAAAAACGUGCUGCAAGAGUUAAAGAACAAAAGCGGUUUAAAGACAUUUGCGUUUGAUCGAUCGACGCGAUGGAGCAACUAAGAGUUUGUAAUAAAAGAAAACCUUGUGACCUUUUGGCAGAGUAUUAAA